AUGGAGCCGAGCUCCCCGCAGCAGCUCCCGCGGCGGCGGUGCGAGAUGGAGCCGCGCCAGGAGGACUGCGUGGACGAGGAGGACUGCGUGGACGCGGUGGCCGCCUGGUGGGACAUGGUCGCGAGGAACAUGCGAUCUAUUCCACAAUGCUGUGAAACACUCGGAAGAAAAAUUGCCACUCAGUACAACAGCUUUACUAGUAAACCAUUAAAAGAACACAUUUUCCCUCCUCUGAUGGACAUGCUAAUUUAUUUUAAUUUUUUCAAAGCACCAUUUCUUGUGGACUUAAAGAAGCCGGAGUUAAAGAUGCCUCACACAGUGAACUUCUAUAUCAAGGUUGAACCUGGGGUGAUUCUGGGAAUCUGGCACACAGUACCCAGCUGCCGGGGGGAAGAUGCUAAAGGGAAGGACCGUUGCUGGUACGAAGCAGCCCUUCAUGAUGGCAACCCAAUUAUUAUCUAUUUUCAUGGCAGUGCAGAACACAGGGCAGCUCGUCACAGGCUUAAUCUAGUAAAGGUGCUGAGCGAUGGUGGCUUUCACGUCUUGUCUGUUGACUACAGAGGGUUCGGGGACUCUACGGGUAAGCCCACAGAGGAGGGACUGACUGCGGACGCUAUUUGUGUCUAUAAGUGGACCAAGGCAAGAAGUGGCACCACCCCCGUGUGCCUCUGGGGCCACUCUCUGGGUACAGGAGUUGUAACGAAUGCUGCAAGAGUACUGGAAGAGAAAGGAUCCCCAGUUGAUGCUAUUGUUCUGGAAGCUCCAUUUACCAACAUGUGGACUGCAAGUAUCAAUUAUCCCUUGUUAAAGAUUUACCAGAAACUUCCAGGAUUUUUACAAACACUUAUGGAUGCUCUAAGAAAAGACAAAAUAGUCUUCCCUAAUGAUGAAAAUGUAAAAUUCCUGUCUUCCCCCCUCCUCAUCCUUCACGGCGAGGAUGACAGCACAGUGCCUUUGGAGAAUGGAAAACAGCUCUAUGAAAUUGCACACAAUGCAUAUAGGAACAAAGACAGGGUCAAGAUGGUGAUCUUUCCUCCUGGCUUCCAACACAACCUGCUUUGUAGGAGCCCCACACUGUUAAAAACUGUGAGAGAUUUCCUGAGCCAGCAGUGGGCAUGA